AUGAUUGCACAGUUGAGCUCCUUGGAAUGGCUGAGACUGCAUGAGAACCAACUGAUUGGCGAAAUUCCCAAGGAGCUGGGACAGCUGCGCGGCUUGAGGGCUUUGGAUUUGGAGCAAAACGCUUUGACGGGCAAAAUCCCCCGAGAGCUGGGAGAGCUUCAGGGUCUCCAGUAUCUCCGCCUCACCGCCAACAGGCUGAGCGGAGAAAUCCCUAAAGAGCUGGGAGAGCUGGGCCGUUUGCAGGAACUGCGGCUCCAUGGAAACCAGCUGAGUGGUGAAGUUCCAAGGGAGCUCGGCCGUCUAAAAGCUUUGGAAAUGAUGUUCCUGGGGAAGAACCAACUGCACGGUCCAGUACCGAGGGAUUUUGGCCAGCUGCACGAGCUGCAAACGCUUGAAAUGUCCUCAAACCAGCUCAGUGGUGCUAUUCCCAACGAGCUUGGGCAACUGGAGUCCUUGAGGGAGCUCUAUUUGUCGGGAAACCAGCUGACUGGAGAGAUUCCCCAAGUGCUUGGAGGGCUCAAGCUCUUGCGACAUGUGUUUCUUCAUAGCAAUCACCUCGAGGGCAGCAUCCCCGCAGAGUUGGGACGGCUUCACGCCUUAGAAGACAUGUUCCUCUACCAGAAUCAGCUGAGCGGAGAGCUGCCCAAGGAGCUGGGGGAACUGCGAGCUCUUAAGCAGCUGCAGCUGGCGGAUAAUAAGCUGACAGGGAAGAUCCCGGAAGAACUGGGCCAGAUGCAAUCCUUAGAACAACUCUUUCUUUCUGGUAACGAACUGAGCGGGACGAUCCCAGAAAGCUUGCAGCAGCUGAAGUUCUUGAAAGCCCUGGAAAUCAGCAGGAACAAACUGAGCGGUCUUAUCCCCAAAGACCUCUGCCGGCUGGCAAGUCUCGAGCUCUUGGGCCUCAGCGAGAACCAGCUCAGUGGUGAAAUUCCUCCUGAGAUUGGGCAAUGUAAAGCUGUCGAGCGCAUCUACCUGUACGAUAAUCAGCUGUCGGGCGAGAUUCCUAAAGAGCUUGGUGAGCUGGAACGUUUGCAAGACCUUUAUCUCGCCCGAAACCGGCUGAGGGGCUUUGCAGAUGCUGAAUUUGGGGGGAACCAGCUGUCGGGUGAGAUCCCCAAGCAGCUAGGACAGUUGAAACACUUGGUGAAACUGGACCUUUGGAACAACAACUUCACUGGGUGCCUUCCCAAAGAGCUUGGGCAACUGCACCAGCUACAGGUUCUUCAUUUAUCGGACAACCAGCUGAGUGGAGUGAUUCCAGAGGAGUUUGGGAAGCUCAAGGCCCUGAAGACACUCUCUAUGGGCAACAAUCAGCUGGAGGGGCCAAUCCCCCACCUCGGAGAUUGUUUCCACUUGGAGGAUCUCUUCUUGGGCGAAAAUGCUUUGAACGGCAGCGCCUUGAGCGAACUCUUCCUCUCGAGGAAUCAGUUGGAGCAAGAGAUCCCAAAGGAGCUAUUCGGCGAAGGGACCGCGGUGGAAGAGCUCGGGCAGCUUAAGUCACUGCGAUAUCUUCAGCUUGCACAGAAUCGGCUCAGAGGGGAAAUCCCCAGAGAGUUGGGGCAGCUGAAGGCUCUUGAGGUCUUGAGCCUGGACCAGAAUGACUUCGUUGGGGAAGUUCCUAGAGAGCUGGCUCAGCUGGAGAAUCUGAAGCAAUUCUCUCUCGCGCAGAACCAGUUGACCGGCAGCAGCUACCGGAUUUCCAGCAUUUGGAAAAGCAACACUCAAUUGGAGAUUUUGGACUUAAGCUGGAAUGCCUUCAGUGGAGACCUGGGGGUAGGGCUCUCAGUCAACUCUUUGAAGCAUCUUCGGUAUUUGGAUCUCAGCCACAACAAUUUUCAUGGCGGCCUUGCUGGGCUCGUGGAGAGAUUUUGCCAGUUGAGCCCCAAGGGUGGAGACCUGCAGGAGCUUCGUUUGAACCAUAACGACUUCACGGGUGAGGUCCCGGCCUGUUUGAUGCAGUUCCCGAAACUGAAGUUCCUGGCGCUCAACAACAAUCGCUUACAAGGCCCGCUUCCGGAAGUGAAUACUUCAGAGCUUGUGAUUCUGGCCUUGCACAAGAAUCAGCUCUCAGGUGUGCUCCCCAAAGGUUUGAAGCAGCUAAAGCACCUUGGAGUUUUGACCUUGCACCAGAACUUCAUCGGGGGAAGCAUCAUUGAUCUUAGCUUAACGACGCCGUGCAUGGACAAUGCCAAGUUCAUCACUGGACCGUUACGAUGUUGGCAGAUCAAGCGGAUUACGGGGCUACUUUCCUUCUUGGACUUGCCGAUUGACCGCCGCGCGGUCGAGGCCAACUGCCCGACCUUAUGGGAUGGCUGCAAAGCUCUCAAUGGUUCAGCCAAUGUGACGCUGCACCGGAACCGUUUCUCAUGCCAAGUGCCUGAGAGCUUGACCUCUGGGGUUCCGGUCACAGGUCUGGUGGUCAUGGGAAACCUGCUGGGUGACGGGAGCGAGUUGAACUCAUCUUGGAUCCUGCCAGAGGAGAAGCAAUCCUUUCUGUAUUACUCCAAAGAGAUUUGGAGGUCUCAGCUCUCUAUCCUGACAG